UAAAAAUAAAACGGAGAAAGCAGGGGGGAGCGCAUCAGACUAGUCCACCAACCACAUACACGUCAAUGUCUGCUUCUUCUUGUUUAUUUAAUCUCCCUUUGAUUCGCUUCAGAUCUCUCUCCCUUCCUCCAUCCUCUUCCCGGUUUCUCCGUCUUCCUCCUCCAUCAUCAUCGCUCCGAUCCUUUUCGGUUCCAAUAUCGCCGAGAAAGUUUCGAGCUUUCUCCGGUACCACCGCAAUGGCAACAGAUGCUAAAGAUGCUGGAAUGGAUGCUGUCCAGAGACGCCUCAUGUUUGAGGACGAAUGCAUUCUUGUUGACGAAGCUGAUCGCGUUGUAGGGCACGACAGCAAAUAUAAUUGUCAUCUGAUGGAAAAUAUUGAAGCUAAGAAUUUGCUUCACAGGGCCUUCAGUGUAUUUUUAUUCAACUCCAACUAUGAGUUGCUUCUCCAGCAAAGGUCGAAAGCAAAGGUGACCUUCCCUCUAGUGUGGACAAACACUUGUUGCAGCCAUCCUCUUUACCGUGAAUCUGAGCUUAUCGAGGAAAAUGCACUCGGUGUGAGGAAUGCUGCACAGAGAAAGCUUCUUGACGAGCUCGGUAUUGUAGCUGAAGAUGUACCAGUGGAUGAGUUCACUCCCUUGGGGCGUAUGCUUUACAAGGCUCCUUCUGAUGGCAAAUGGGGAGAGCACGAACUGGACUACUUGCUGUUCAUUGUGAGGGAUGUGAAGGUGGAACCAAACCCUGACGAAGUGGCGGAGAUCAAGUAUGUGAGCAGGGAAGGGCUGAAGGAGCUGGUGAAGAAAGCAGAUGCAGGGGAGGAAGGUUUGAAGUUGUCACCAUGGUUCAGAUUGGUGGUGGACAAUUUCUUGAUGAAGUGGUGGGAUCAUGUUGAGAAAGGAACUCUUGAUGAAGCUGUAGACAUGAAAACCAUCCACAAACUCUGAAACCUCUUUCUUCCUCAAAGUUUUUGUGGCGAUCUUUUUUUUUUAAUAAUCUCUUUUGAUAUUUGUGAUUGAUAAUAACUGGGAGAUGUUCCAAGAAAAAACCAUUCAAUAAAGUUUCAUUUUAUUUUUAAAA